AAAAUUUCUGAGCUUGUUUUGAUGCAUGAAUACUUGUUGUUGAAUUGAAGAAGAAAGGUGUGGUAAGAUGCUUUGAGAUAAUGAUUUCCUGAAAGAAGAGUUGAAAGUAUGAAUGAACAUUCUGUAAAAAUGUAAACACACCCAAACCUGAUGUCACCUGUUCAGUAUAUAAAGUGCAGUGGUGCUCCUCAGCUUUAGUAUCACGGUCCAGGCAAACUAAUCUGCAGAACUGACCUGUUCAUCACAAUGAAGCUGCUGUUUUCUCUGUUUCUCCUCUGGGCACUCUCCACCACAGCUGGAGCUCUUCAGUGUCAAACCUGCACAAAUUCGACGUGUUCAAGCACAGUACCAGUUACAUGUUCAUCGGAAACAAUGUGUGUUACAGCUACCAUUCAAGCUACUUCAUCUGGAACUCCGGUCACACAAAUCUACAAGGCAUGUGCAUCUUCCUCCCUGUGUCCAGCCGUAACCUCUCAGACAUUUUCAGUCAACCUGGGUUUUCAAAGUGCUCUGGCUUCUGCUCAAUGCUGCGACACAGAUAACUGCAACUCAGCAACUCUGCCAACUCCUGCUUCUCAGUCAAAUAAUGGUGGAGUAUGCAACUUUUGUGACCCUUCCACUGGUCAGUGCUCCUCCACAUUACAGUGUCAGGGAGUGGAGAACCAAUGCUUCCAAUUAACCAUCAAAAGCAGCACCAGCACGUAUGUAGCUCAGGGCUGCGCAUCUGCAAACCUGUGUGCAGCUGCUUCAAGCCUGGAAUCUCUACCUUUCAUGCCGAGCGUUGGUACCAUAUCAAGUGUUACCUGUUCUGCAGCACCAACUACAACUGCUGCCCCAACUACAACCAUCCCCCCAACUACAACUGCAACCACCACCCCAACUACAACUGCAACCACCACCCCAACUACAACUGCAACCACUGCCUCUACAACCAAAAGUGACGCUUGUUCUAUCAGACUGGGAAUGAUCCAUCUGCUGCUUGGACUCCUUCUCUUUACCUUUCAUUAAAGUCCCGAAUAACACAAAAACAAACAAAAGAACAUAUGAUGCUUUAACAAGACUCAAAAACCUUUUGGAUAUUAACCUUGUGUUUACAAACCACUGUUAAAGUGAAGUCCAUGAAAAAAGGCGAGAGUCUUGUUGAAGCUGACUUGGAAUAAGUAUGUAAGACUUCUUUGUUUGUUGUCAUGAUGGACAAUUAUGUCCAUUAUGUCCAAAAUAAAUGACAUUAUUCAUUACAUUUAUUUGACAUAUAUACAUGUAUAUUCCUCCAUGUAUGCAAAUGUAUGCAAUUCAUUUAAUACUAAAUGGGUGACACAACUGAAUCCUUAUAGCAAUAACAAAGCAUUGCUUUGUGCUUUUUAUUUUCUGCAUGUCUCUCUUUCUAAUCUGAUCUAUAUUACUAGUGAUCAAUGGUGGAUCUGCAAGGGUGGAUCUACAAGGGUGGCAUGUGCCCACCUAAAAAUAGUCUCUUGCCAUCCCUAGUGGCACCCAAGUUUUGCAGUGUUGUUUAUUAAAAUAAGCCAGCAUUAACCCUUUGAGCCUAGCUACAGUUACAGUUAACAAUGACAGAGUGGGCAAUACAGUAAGUUUGCACCUCCUUUUGUCAGACCUGCAGGGUUUAAGCUUGUGGUGUUCUCCUCUGUCUUAUGGCAGACAAACUAUUUUUUUGCACUGGCACAAAUAAUUUGUGGCAUCUUACUGUGACACCUGAUUGUUGUCUAAUUUUUGUUUUAGUAGUUUUAAAUGGCAAAAAACUCCAGUUACAUUGGCUGCAUUUUUAGGUAAAGAGUUGUAUAGAACUUUAUUGUUUACAAAAUUUGGGUGUAGGUCUUUAGAAUUUAGGAAAUUUCUGUAGUUCUGCCCCUGCUGAUGAUAAAGAUACA